AGUGACACCGCCAGGCCGCGGGGUGGCGCUGCGAAGCUGCGCGCGCAUCCUCCCGGUGACUGAGGACGGAGAUGGCGGCGGCGGCGGCGGGUGUUUUCCGAGCGGGGUCCGCGCUCCUUCGAGCCGGGAGGCCGACACUGCUUGGAGCCAAGCGUUUUCAAAGCGCUGUCUCCUACGCUGAAGCCAUCGCAAAUAUUCCAGACACCAAGCUCUCAACACUGGACAAUGGGGUGCGAGUUGCCACGGAGGAGUCUGAUCAUCCCACAUGCACGGUCGGUGUGUGGAUCGAGGUCGGCAGCCGAUACGAGAACCAGAAAAAUAACGGAGUUUCAAACUUUCUGGAACAUGUGGUCCUGAAGGGAACCAAGAAACAUCCUCAGGCAGUUUUGGAGGAGGAGGUGGAGAGCCGAGGGGCUCACCUGAGUGCGUACACCUCUCGAGAGCAGACUGCUUACUACAUGAAGUCAUUGGCCAAGGAUUUACCAAAAGCUAUGGAACUUGUUGGUGAUCUGAUACAGAACAGUUCACUAUCAGAACCUGAACUGGAACAUGGACGCAAGCUGAUCCUGCAGGAGAUGCAGGAGAUGGACGGGAACCUGGAGGAGGUGGUCUUUGAUUAUCUUCAUGCCGCUGCCUUCCAGGGUACCCCCCUUGGUUACACAGUGAUGGGGCCCACUGAGAAUGUCAAGUCUCUGAGUCGCAGCAAUCUCGAAGAGUUCAUGACCAAUCAUUACAAAGCUCCCCGAAUGGUUGUGGCUGCUUCAGGAGGUAUUCACCAUGACGAGGUGAUGGGGUUGGCUAGCAAGCACUUUGGAGGAGUUUCCUUCAAGUACGAGAAUGAUGUGGUCCCUGUGCUGGCUCCUUGCCGCUUCACUGGAAGUCAGGUUCUUGUGCGGGAUGAUGCUCUGCCAUUAGCACACAUUGCCAUUGCUGUGGAGGGAGUUGGAUCGUCCAAUCCUGACGUGGUCCCUCUCUCGGUUGCCAGCACACUCAUCGGAAACUGGGACCGCACAUAUGGGGGAGGGGCGAAUCAGUCGAGUCGCCUGGCCCAGAUUUCAGUUGAGAAUAAGCUGGGUCACAGCUUCCAGUCCUUCAAUACAUGUUACUCUGACACGGGGCUGUGGGGGAUUUACCUGGUCUGUGACAGACUGAACAUUGAAGACAUGCUGCACUUUGCCCAGGGAGAAUGGAUGCAUCUUUGCACGAGUGUGACUGAGAGUGAGGUGACCAGAGCCAAAAAUACACUGAAGACACACUUAGUCGCGCAGCUGGAUGGCACCACACCAACAUGUGCAGAUAUUGGGCGCCAGGUCCUCAGUUAUGGCCGACGAAUCUCAUUGGCAGAGUGGAAUGCCAGGAUUGAUGCCGUUGAUGCCAAGACGUUGCGUGAUGUUUGUAACCGUUACAUCUACGACAAGUGUCCCGCAGUUGCUGCAGUCGGUCCAAUUGAGCAGUUACCAGAUUAUAACAGGAUCCGGAGUGCCAUGUACUGGCUGCGUCUGUGAGCCAGGUGCAGAAACAAAGGUGUUUAACAGAGGCUGGAGGGGCGAGCUUCACUGAAUGAUGAGACACGGACCCUGGGUGCUGUGGGACUGAGAGGGUCCCUCACUCUGCAAUUUCUACUCAGCCUCUGCAGUGAGAUUAUGUCCUUUCUUCAAUGCAGAGAUCAACACUGUACUCAGUACUCCAGAUGUGGUCUCACCAAUGCCCUGUACAGCUGUAGCAAAACUUCCCUACUUUUAUAUUCCUUUCCUCUUGCAAUAAACAACAUUCCAUUUACCUUCCUAAUCA